UUCAAUCAUGAGACCAAGACUGGCAGUAUGGUCUGCUACGCCAAGCGAAAUUGUUCCGCUAUCUAAUCACCUCCCACCCUUCACCGAAGUAGUCUUUGAGUUCGUCCGCUACGAUGGAAGGACCUGGAAGGCUCACAGGAAAGGUAGUCAUCAUUACAGGAGCCGCUAUGGGUCUCGGAAGAACGAUAUGUACGCGACAUGUCAAAGAAGGAGCUGGUGUCAUGUUCAUGGACAUCGACGCCCAGGCAGGCGAAGCCGAGGCGUCCAAAAACCCCGAAAUGACCGUCUUGGUGAAGAGCGAUGUCCGUUUGAUCACCGAUUGGGAAAAGGCGAGCGCCGUUGUGCUACAGAGAUUUGGAAAUAUUGAUAUCGUCAUACUGCUGAACCUUGAUAACGAAUUGAUCAUUUAUAUCCGUAUAGAACAGCGCUGGAGUACAGGCCAAGGAGAAGGAAAUAACCUUACUACACCUGGUAUCGGAGGAGACGUAUGAUGAUCUCUUCAGCGCCUUGCUCCAAACAGCCCACACGCUUCUGAUUUAAAACCUCCUACAGCCUAUACAUAUCUGGGCCAAAGUCAUUAUCCCCAUUUUCUUAAGGCAGGGAAGCAGUGUCAUC